GAGCUCUGUUUGAACCAGAGUAUGAAGGUCAGUGGCGUGCUCUGGAAUGGGCGGUAGAAGACUUGAACCUCAAUAACGACCUGAUCCGGGAGACACUGGUGUUGGUGGACCGAGAAACGGUCCCGCCUCAUGACAGUUUCACGGCACAGAGGAAGGUGUGCCGUAUGACACAGAUUGGUAUAGCAGCCAUGUUUGGCCCAGUGUCCUCCCUGGCAGCCGGGCAUGUCCAGUCCAUGUGCACGGCAUUUGAGAUCCCACACUUGCAGUGGCGCUGGGACCCGCGUGAUUCCAGGGACUACUUCUCUAUCAGCUUGUACCCGCACUAUUUGACAUUGAGUACAGCUUACAGAGAUGUGAUUCGGCACUGGCAGUGGAGACGGUUCACAAUCCUCUAUGAGAACAACGAUGGUCUGACUCGUGUACAGGAGGUUCUGAAGGCAUCCAAUGAGCCACCGGCCCAGAUAACAAUACGCAAGCUGGAACUGGUCAACAACGACUACCUAGUGCUGCUUAAGGACCUCAAGGACAGGGGAGAGGGCAAGUUUAUCAUCGACUGCAACAUCAAAACUAUCAAACCAUUUCUUCAUGCUGCACUGAAGCUGAAGAUGAUUUCUGAAAUGUAUCACUAUUUUUUCACAACAUUGGACCUGGGACUGAUCGACCUGGGAGACUACAUGUACGGCGGUGCCAACAUCACCGCCCUGAGGUUAAUCGACCCAGACAGGAAGAAGGUGGUCAAUGUGAAAUCUGAUUGGUUGUUACGAGCCAAUGCAGGCUACGACUCUCCGCUGAUGAAGUACAAGGAGAUUGAGACAGAGACGGCCUUGGCCUAUGAUGCCUAUGAACUAUUUGCACGAGCCCUGCAUGCCUUCUCUGAAGCCCAGGAAAUCAACACCAUCAGUCUGCCUUGUGACAAGGUGCACACCUGGAGGCAUGGCAACAGUCUCCUCAACUAUAUGAAAUCUAUCAAGUUUGAGGGCCUCUCUGGGACAGUCAAGUAUGAGAACGGGGAGAGAUAUGACUUCAAUCUGGAUCUUCUCUACCUCACGCAGAAUGGACUUAAGAAGGCUGGCACAUGGGACAGAAAGACAGGUCUUAACUUUACCCUAGAGGCUCCAGUCAUCCACACAAACGUUUCUGGUCAAAAGUACAUUAUUACUACAUACCUGACUGACCCCUAUGUGAUCAGAAAUGCUUCAGCACCUUCUGGCUUCUCUGGAUUCUGCGUGGAACUGCUGGAUCACAUAGCCAAGGCUCGCAACUUUACCUGGGAGAUCCAACUACAGGAUACGGUCGGCAAACCUCAACCCAAUGGCUCAUGGAAUGGAGUCAUGGGCGCUCUCAUUAAUCGGAAAGCUCAAAUCGGCAUUGGUGACCUGACCAUUAACCUCAAGAGAGAACAAGUUGUUGACUUCACCAAACCUUUUCUAACAACUGGAAUAACCAUCCUUAUCAAGAAGCCGACACCAAAGUCCCUGAACUUGUUCUCAUUUCUGUCACCUUUAUCAGCUGAUGUGUGGGUGUACAUGAUUGCUGCCUACUUGUGUGUCAGUUUCAUGCUGUUUGUCAUCGCCCGAUUCAGUCCGUAUGAAUGGUGCAACCCACAUCCUUGCAACCCAGACACAGACGAGGUUGAGAACCAGUUCACGGUGAUGAACAGUCUCUGGUUUACUAUUGGCUCCAUCAUGCAGCAAGAUUGCCCGAGAGCGCUGUCUACUCGAAUGGUGGCCGGCAUGUGGUGGUUCUUUACGCUCAUCAUGAUCUCAUCCUACACGGCCAAUCUGGCAGCUUUCCUCACAGUGGAGCGCAUGGUUUCUGACAUCAACAGUGCCGAUGACCUGGCCAAACAGUCCAGGAUCAAAUACGGAACAUUUGAAGGAGGGGCUACCAUGGAAUUCUUUAAGAAUAAUCGUAUAGCCACAUAUGAAAAAAUGUGGAAGUUCAUGAAUGCUACACCAGAAUUGAGUUUUGUCAAGAAUUUGACGCAGGCGGUUGAGCGGGUGAAAACUGGCCAGUACGCGUACAUCACAGAGUCAACAACCGUAGAAUAUGUUAUACACAGGAACUGUGAUCUGAUGAAGGUGGGAGGUCUGCUUGAUUCCAAGGGAUAUGGCUUUGCAACUCCUCCAGUGCUGGGGCCCACCCAUGAGUCUCUUCGGGAAGCUCUCACAGAAGAGAUCUUGAGGCUGCAGGAGGAGCAGGUGAUAGAAGAGCUCUACAACAAAUGGUGGAAGAAGGAGCUUGGUGGGGGCAAGUGUGUAGAGGAGGAAGGCUCACCAGCAGGGAAGGCAGCAGAACUUGGGGUGGAGAAUGUGGGCGGAGUAUUUGUGGUGCUCAUGGGGGGUGUGAUCAUCGGGUUCUUUGUCUCCCUCUGUGAGUUUAUGUGGAAGGCCAGAAAAAAUGCCAAAAAGGAUAAGCAAACCUUGUGUUCAGAGAUGUCCGAGGAGAUUCGUUUCGUUGUCCGUUGCCUGGGCUCCAAGAAGAAAAACAAGAAGAGAGAGGAGGAGAUCACAGACAACGGACUCCAGUUUAUGCCACUAACUGGCUACAACCAGAAUUCAUAUGGAAAGGAAGUUUAUGCAUGA